AGUUGCAUAAAAUUGGCACUCUGACGAUUUGAGCCAUUUUCUCUCCGCCAUAUUUCGGACAAAGACUUCGAGAGAUCUCCACCGAAAAUGACUGAUUUUUCUGGAGAAAUUCGCAUGUCGUCGCCCAAGGCAAACGAGAAAUCGCAGAAUGCUGUGAAAGAUCUAAAACUACAAAAUCAUAUCAAAUCCAGUCCUCAGAAAAUCAAACCUCCCUCCAGUGGCAUGGCUAACAACCAUCACUCUAAUUCUGUGUCGGUUAAGAGCAGCAGUCAGCCACAGUCCAUUGCUCGCCCAAAAGAGGGUUCGAAUUCCCAUUCGUCCUCUUCAAAGCCCCAUUCAAACUCACACGGGAAGCCAGCCAGCAAGCCGUCAAGUGGUGGGUCUGGGUCACAUUCCUCCUCCAAGCAUUCCUCAUCAUCCAAACCGCCAUCAUCAUCUAGUUCCUCAAAGGGUUCCGUCUCUUUAAGCACCAAGCCCAAGGAAGGAUCCCCCAGUGUCUCCAAGCUAAAGGUCAAUUCAACGCCAGGCUCUGUGAAGCCUUCCUCCGACAAACACAAGUCUUCGUCUGUGCCGCAAAAGACAAGCUCCUCGUCUGGGACACCUUCACAAAAGAGCUCCUCCUUUGUCUCCAGUAACAAACCAAAAGAAGGCAGUGCCUCUGUGAAACCCAAAGAUCCUUCACAACCUAAGGCUCUCGAGUCAAAACCUAAAGACUCAUCCUCGAAACCCAAAGAUGGCUCGAGCAAACCUUCCUCAAAGGCGCUGCCGUCAAAAAGUUCCAGCUCGUCACAAGUGUCAAAGGAAAAAUCACAUGGUAAACCCUCUUCAGAACGACCUAAACACCCCGAGGGGAAGAGUGGCUCAAGCGACAGUGAAUCCAAGAAGGACAAGUUGCCUUUGAACCACGAAAGUCGCAAACACAAGGAAGGAGACAAGGUCAAAGUGAAAUCAGAAAAGCAUGAGAGAAAACACAGCAUCAAAGUGGCAAAGGACAAAUCUGAAGUUCUGAGUCCGUCAAAAAUCAAGAAGGAGCUUGUUGAAAUUCAGCCCUGUGAAGUUGGUCCUCCUGUGGACAAACAUUUGGCUGCGGCUAAGGUCAAGAAGGAAUCCGACAAGUAUCAUUCUUCAAAGCGCCCUCUGGAGGAUUCGGAUGAUGAGAAACCUCUCUCUGCCAGGGUGGAAAAGGUGAAGAAACAGAAAACAGAAAGCCCCUCCAUCAAGAAGAUAGAAGUGCCUCAGAAGCGGAAACACGAAGCAAGCGAGGAUGAUGAACGCCUGUUCAAGAAAUCCAAAUCAGACGUCAAGAAAUCAAAAGACAAGACAAAAGACAAGACAAAAGACAAGGGGAAAGACAAAGGAAAGGGUGACAAGAGAGACAAGGAGAAAGGAACAAAAAGGAAAACCAAGAAGGAGGAAGAGGCAGCCGAAGUCUGGAAAUGGUGGGAGGAGGAGCCACAUCCAGAGGGUGUCAAGUGGAUCUUCCUGGAACACAAAGGACCCGUCUUUGCCCCUCCCUACGAGCCCCUUCCCAACCAUGUGCGGUUCUACUAUGAUGGUAAGCCGAUGAAGUUGAGUGAGAAGGCUGAAGAGGUGGCUGGAUUCUACGCACGCAUGUUGGAUCACGAGUACACGACGCGCAGUGUCUUCAACAAGAACUUCUUCAAUGACUGGAAAAAGGAAAUGACAGAAGAGGAGCGAAAGACCGUCCAGAGCCUGAGCAAGUGCAACUUCAAGGAGGUGCACCAGUACUUUCUACAGAAGGCUGAAGAGAGACGGAAUAUGACCAAGGAAGAGAAACAGGCAAUAAAGCAGAAGAACGAGGAGCUCCUGCAGGAGUACGGAUUCUGCUCCAUCGACGGCCACCGGGAGAAGAUGGGCAACUUUAAGAUUGAACCGCCGGGCCUGUUCCGGGGUCGGGGCGACCACCCAAAGCAGGGGAUGCUCAAGAAACGAGUGCACCCAGAGGACGUCAUCAUCAACUGCAGCAAGGAUUCCCAAAUCCCUGUGCCGCCAGAGGGCCACCGAUGGAAACAGGUGAUCCAUGACAACAGUGUGACAUGGCUGUGCUCGUGGACCGAGAACAUCCAGGGUGCCAUCAAGUACGUCAUGCUCAACCCCAGCUCCAGGCUAAAGGGUGAAAAGGACUGGGCCAAGUACGAGAUGGCUCGCAAGCUGAAGAAAUGCGUGGAGAAGAUCAGGGCCAACUACCGGGAAGACUUCAAGAGCAAAGAGAUGCGCAUCAGACAACGUGCUGUGGCACUGUACUUCAUCGACAAGUUGGCGCUCAGGGCCGGUAACGAGAAGGAGGAAGGAGAGUCAGCGGACACUGUCGGCUGCUGCUCGCUACGCGUGGAACACCUCACCCUGCACGAGGAGAAAGACGGACAAGAGUUCGUGGUGGAGUUUGAUUUCCUGGGUAAAGACUCCAUCCGUUACCAGAACAGUGUGCCUGUGGAAAAGAGGGUAUUCCGGAAUCUCAAGCUCUUCAUGGAGAACAAGCAGGAGGGUGAUGACCUGUUUGACCGCCUGACCACCUCCAUCCUCAACAAGCACCUGCAGGAGUUGAUGGAAGGGCUGACCGCCAAGGUCUUCAGGACCUACAACGCUUCCUCCACGCUGCAAAACCAGCUGGACGAGCUGACAAUCGCGGAAGAGCUGGUCCCAGCCAAGAUCCUGGCCUACAAUCGCGCCAACCGGGCCGUGGCUAUCCUGUGCAACCAUCAGCGGGCUGCCCCCAAGACCUUCGACAAGCAGAUGGAGAAUCUGCAGGCCAAGAUCAAGGCCAAGCACGAGGCCAUCAAGAAGGCCCGCAAGGAGUUCAAGGCCAUGAAGAACGAGUACAAGUCCAGCCGCAACGAGAAACUCAAGACUGCCCUGGAGCGCAAGAAGACCCAAGUGGAGCGUCUGGAGGAACAGUUGACCAAGCUGGAGGUGAGUGCCACCGACAAGGAGGAGAACAAGGAGAUUGCUCUGGGCACCUCCAAGCUCAACUACCUGGACCCUCGCAUCUCAGUAGCAUGGACAAAGAAGUGGAAUGUACCCAUUGAAAAGAUCUACAAUCGCACACAGCGUGACAAGUUCCGAUGGGCCAUCGACAUGGCCGGUCCCGAUUUUGUAUUUUAACGAGAGGCAAGAUUUCUAUAUUUUCUGCAGAGACGUACCACACAUUCAGACAUAGAUGGCCAUUGUUAUUUGUACAAACACAUUGUAGAGAGUUUUGAUGUAUACGCAUUGACUACUUUAAGAGCGUUUUAAAACCACCUAGCCACCGAUAAUGAAUCAAAUUCUGCUUUUUUCGGCUUUGUAGAGGUUUUUAUGAAUGUACUUGGGAAAAAAGACACAAAGGCCAGGGACAAAGAUGGCUGCCACCUUUGUGUAAUCGUUUCCCUCUGUGGUGAAUGACAACUUAAGUUGAAUGAAAUUCACAGGUAGGAUUUUUAGCAUUAUUGCGAGGUGGCCCUCUGGUCUUAUUUAAAUAAUGUAUGUAUUUCCUUUGGGGGCCACUUUGUGAAAUGUACAUUGACGAAUUCACGCUAAACUUGGAAAGUUUACUCCUGCACGUGUGUUUAAUCUGUAGACUUGUUUUUUUUUUAAUUGGGGCAGUUGAGAGUACAGCUUUUUCUAGGUCAUGUGCAUCAAAUUUUGAAUUUCCUGCACGUGAAGUCGUCGCCUUCUGGUUUCCCCCCCUCAGCUGCCCAUUUUAAAUGAAUGUCGAAAUUGCCAAGUCAGUUAGUUUUUAUUUUCGCUUUAUUGCUUCUUCCCAAAAGUGAAAGGGAAGUUAGGUUUGUUGUGCACUCUUUCCAUCCAAGACUUAGCUUUGUGGGCCGGAUUUUUCUAACCAUGCCAAAAAGCUUUCUUGCGGAUGGGAGAAGUUAAGGCGUCAAAUCAGAAUUGUCUGUCAAAUUGAUUGACCCUUCAAAUGAAUGUCAUAUUGACCUCCUGACGUUGAUGUCAUCAUGCUAGCUGGUUAUUAUAUUUUUAUUGUGUGCCUGGUGUUGUCAAUCAAACUUUUUCUAAUGUCUCUGUUGUGGUACGAAGAAACUAGGAGAGGGGAAAUUUGAACACAAAGGGCCCGGCGUUGUCCCUGCACCAUUCAGAAUCAUGUGUAAACCCUGUCAGUCUGUACAAGAGGUGCGGGUGCUUUCUUCCUGGUACGUACGGUCGCUGUGUGUUUCCUGCCACAGACACAUCUGUUGUCCAAAAAAUCCUAUUAUUUCAGUUUCAGCUGUUUUGUAGUGAGUCCACGCGAGGCAGGGAGCAUGCAGUUUGUGCUUGAAAUGUUCUGCUAGUCCACCCUCUUUUUGGCCUUUAAGAAACAAGAAAAAGGGGAAAGAGGACAGGGUUUUUUUUUCAUUGUUUAUAUCGGGCUGCACUUGCUGAAGCUGUACGAGAAAGUAUAGUGCUGUCUUAGGUAAUGUCGUAGUUAAGUGUAUUUAAUACGCCAACACACAGUAUUACAUACAAGGUUUUAUCUAAAAGGUGUACUGCAUGUUAAUGUGGUCCACAUCUGUGUCUACCUGCCUAUGUGAAGUAAGCCGACACCUUUUAGCUUUGUUAAACAAUUCAGGAAGCUGUUACUUCCAUUUUUGCAAGUACUUCUGAGCCAACUCAUAUUAGAUGUUACCAACACCUGUAGCAGGGAUUCUGGAUAUCUUAUUGGCUUGGCCAGUGGGAGUUGGGACCACCCAGCACUCUGAUUGGCUAAACAGAUUUUAAAUUUUUUUAGUAGUUGCUUUUCAGGACAGUUUUGUGUUUUCCUUGUGACAUUGAGGAGCGUACUAGACUUGGGCAUAGCUAUGCAUAGUUUCCUUUUUGAGGCCACAUCUGAAUUGGAUAUAUUUCAUGAAAUGGUCAUUUGAAUCAUCCUUCCCUGAAACUGUUUUAUUUAUUUAACUUUCUGUUUGUGACCAGUUUGCCAGCAUUACAUGUACAGGCAUAAACAAACAGUUUCACUCGGACAAUAAAGGUAACAUGACUUUUAUCCAUAAAAUGAAACUACCCAUUGGUGCACAAAGAUUGUAAUCUGUAACUUUGCCCAAAUGCCAUCACCUUCCUUUCCACAUGCAUUAAGGUUUUACAAACUUCUACGGGGAUCGCCUCACUUUUGAUGCGAGAUAGCUGAGACAUGAUUAAGGCCAGUGGCCUCUGGCUACAGCACUUCAGCACAGUGUGUCUAUGGCAGAAUCCGAGCCAUAGCCACACACAGGGUUCGUGACUCUGAUGUGGCAUACACUAAUUUGCCAACCGUGGGUACAAAGACUUUUUUUGGGUGACAUACCAGCUAUGUCAGUUCGCCGUCACUGGAGUCAUGCAGAUGUGUGCUAAACAUGAUGGCAUACUCUGGUUUGAUGUGCAUGCUGUGAGGUACGCCAUCUUAAGGCAAAUGGGCCCGUUGCGUAUCACUUCCCUAAACCGUUCAACUCUUUCCAUUCCAAUUUUUCAAGUGCGAAUGUCUGAUGCCGUGCUUGGUAAAACUCCAACGCCUGACAAGGUGAAAUCUAAGUUGCCAGUGCAGAUGUGGGCUUACAUGAAGGUCUGUACACAGCAGUUGUGCAAGAAUUGGGCUACUGUACUGUAUUUAUUGAAAAACAUAAAACUCGUCCGUGACAUCCCUGCCUGCGGUUGCUGUAGUUGUCAGUACUUCAGUUAAGACCCUACAAGUUACCAAUCAAGAGGAACAUUAUCUCAUCAGCCUCGAAGUGCAAUUGUUGUUCUGUGUGCCAGUCGUGAAAACUCCAAAUGACUCGUAAAUAAAAUGUGUUGACUGUCUCUGGAUUUAAUUUGUCCUUGUAGCAACCAAUUGGAUGAGAGUAGAUUAAACUGUUUUAUUGCUUUUCCCUACAACUUAAUGUAAACAUUGGAUGAGAAUUUGAAUAAUAAACUGGCUUAUUUACCCUCA